GCGACAGAUCCCAUCUCAAAACAAUCAGUUUACACCACCGGUCUGCACAAUGACCGACAAACUCCCGCCCCCUCUUCUCGCACUGUUCGCUCCGCGACCACCCCUGCGAUACCUUCCUCCUACCGAUGUCGCUCCCGAGAAGCGCUCGACGGCGCAGAUUUCCGGCGUCGCAAAGUUCCUCGAUAUUUUGAAUACUCCGGAUCCUUCCUAUGUGCCGACGGAAAGCCAGACUGAGGCGAUCGAGCGGCGGCAGAAGGAAAAGAAGGAGGAGCACGAAAAACGGCUGAAAGAGGCUCUGGAGAAGUGGAAUCCUAAGGAAGAUCCGCUUGUGAAGGGAGAUCCGUUCCAGACUUUGUUCAUUGCGCGACUUGGAUAUGACGUUACCGAGAAAGAUCUCGAUGACGAGCUGAGCAAGUUCGGACGAGUAGAGAGGAUUCGCAUCGUCCGUAAUAAAGAAUCAAGCAACUCCCGUGGCUACGCAUUCGCCGUGUUUGCUCGCGAGCAGGAUAUGAGAGCUGCCUACAAAGAAUUGAACGGUACACGCAUCAAGGGUAGACGUGUUCUAGUUGAUGUCGAACGUGCGCGAACAGUCAAGAACUGGAAACCCAGGAGACUCGGCGGUGGACUCGGUGGUCGUCACUACACGAAAGCCGCGCUGCUGCGACCUGCUACCCGUGAUUCGCGGGACCGAGAGAGAGAACGAGAUGGGUUCAGGGGUGGAUAUCGUGGCGGAAGAGAUAAUGGACACGAGCAUCGCAGCGGGGCAAACGAGUACCCCACGGGUCCGAGGAGCGAUAGAUUCAGAAACAGAGAUAGAGACAGAGACGGUCGUGGUGACAGAGGAGGCCGCGGAGAGCGAUCAUUUCGCGACGAUCGUGGGGACCGGGAUAGGUAUCGUGAUCACCAUCGCGAGGAUAGGCAUGAUCGAUAUGGGUCUGAUCGUCGCGACAGCCAUCGCGACCGCGACGAUCGCCGAGGAGAUCGCAGGGGAGGCGAUGUGGACGACAGUGACCGGUACAAGCGAAUGAGGUACACAUAGUGUGCUCAUUGACUGUACGUGUAACAUUACAAUGGAUGUAGGUUUCUCUAUGUGUAUAUUAAUCUAUUCUGACAAUUCAAUAUACAUAACAUGACAUG